AUGAGUUCCUCCUCCGCGUUAUCGUCCGUGGCGCGCAUCGCGCAGUUGCCCGCACAGAAGAAAUCGACGAGUUUUAAAAGUCGUCGAUCUUCAUUUGUCAGAGCGGCGAAAAGAGAAGAGGCUUCCGAAGAGGUCUCCAACUCUCGCAGAGACGUGCUCAAGAACGCGCUCGGCGUCUCCGCCGCGUUUGCCGCUUUGGGUGCCAAUGGCCAAGCCAACGCUGCGGACGACCAAGGCGUCGCGUCGUCGAGAAUGUCCUACUCUCGAUUUUUGGAAUACUUGGACAUGGGCCGAGUCAAGAAGGUUGAUUUGUACGCCAACGGUACGAUCGCGAUCGUGGAAGCGGUUUCGCCGGAAUUGGGCAACAGAGUGCAAAGAGUCAGAGUGCAAUUGCCAGGCACCUCCGGCGAGCUUUUGCAAAAAUUCAGAGAAAAGAAUGUCGACUUUGCGGCGCACAGCGAGUCCGAAGAUACCGGUGGCGUCUUCUUGAACUUGUUGGGUAACUUGGCGUUUCCUUUGUUGCUCGUUGGCGGUUUGUUUCUGCUCACCAGACGAUCCGGUGGCGCCGGCGGCGGACCGGGCAUGCCGGGAGGCAUGGGCGGCAACAACCCGAUGGCGUUUGGUAAAUCCAAAGCCAAGUUUCAAAUGGAGCCGAACACGGGCGUCACGUUCGAUGACGUUGCCGGUGUCGACGAAGCCAAGCAAGAUUUCAUGGAGGUUGUCGAGUUUUUGAAGAAACCGGAACGAUUCACCGCCGUCGGCGCGAAGAUCCCGAAGGGCGUUUUGCUGGUCGGUCCGCCGGGUACCGGUAAGACUUUGCUCGCCAAAGCGAUCGCCGGUGAAGCCGGUGUUCCAUUCUUUUCCAUCUCCGGUUCCGAGUUUGUUGAAAUGUUCGUCGGUGUUGGUGCGUCCAGAGUGAGAGAUUUGUUCAAGAAGGCGAAGGAGAACGCGCCGUGCAUCGUUUUCGUCGAUGAAAUCGAUGCCGUCGGUCGAUCCAGAGGUACCGGCGUUGGUGGCGGUAAUGACGAAAGAGAGCAAACGUUGAACCAGCUGUUGACGGAAAUGGAUGGUUUCGAAGGUAACACUGGCGUCAUUGUCGUUGCGGCGACGAACAGAGCGGACAUUCUUGAUCCGGCGUUGUUGCGUCCGGGACGUUUCGACAGACAAGUCUCUGUGGACAACCCCGACUUGAAGGGCAGAAUUGAAAUCUUGAAAGUGCACGCGAAAAACAAGAGAUUCGAAGGUGAAGUUGACAUCGAAACCAUCGCCAAGAGAACCCCGGGCUUCUCUGGUGCGGAUUUGUCCAACUUGUUGAACGAAGCGGCCAUCUUGACUGGUCGAAGAAACAAGGACUCCAUCACUUUACUCGAAAUCGAUGACUCCGUCGAUAGAAUCGUCGCCGGUAUGGAAGGUACUCGAUUAACGGACGGUAAAGCGAAGACUUUGGUCGCGUACCACGAAGUUGGCCACGCCAUCUGCGGUACCUUGCAAGCCGGUCACGACCCGGUUCAAAAAGUCACCAUCGUCCCGAGAGGCCAAGCCAAGGGUUUGACCUGGUUCAUCCCGGGCGAAGACCCGAGUUUAAUUUCCAAACAACAAAUCUUCGCGAGAGUUGUCGGUGCGUUGGGAGGCAGAGCCGCGGAAGAGAUUGUCUUUGGCGAAGCUGAAGUCACCACGGGCGCCGGCGGUGACUUGCAACAAGUCUCCUCGAUGGCGAAACAAAUGGUCACCGCGUUUGGCAUGUCCGAUGUCGGACCGUGGGCGGUCCAAGACCAACAAUCUGGCGACAUGAUCAUGAGAAUGAUGGCUAAGAACUCAAUGUCUGAAAAAUUACAGAACGACAUCGACGUCGCGGUGAAGAGAAUCGCGGACGAGGCGUACGUCAUGGCGCUCAAGCACAUCUCGGAUAACAGAGAAGCGUUGGACGAAAUCGUUGAGGAGCUUUUGGAGGUAGAAACUAUGGACGGUGCUCGAUUCCGCGAAAUAUUAGCUAAAUACGCGACCAUCCCGGAAGAGAACAUCCCGAAGAAGGUUGAAAUGUGGGCCAACCCGAGACUCCAAAACGCCAUCGACGGCAGUGAGUUCAAGAACUAA